AUGGGAGGUUAUGUACCAUUUACUAAAGUUACCACAAUUCUGUUUAGGAUGAUUUUACGAAUUUGGGCUUAUUCAGGCCUAGUUUUGGUAUUCUGUUUUCUAGUAUAUUAUUUAUAUGGUACCUUGUUUGCUGUACUAUUACUAUUUUUUGCUGUCACAGGAAUCCUGUAUCAAGUCCAAGAUAAUUUACUAUAUAAUUCAGAAUUACCUCCUCAUUCGAGGGUGUAUGUACCAAUACCAUCCACAUUUAAUCUUCCUUAUGAGAGUGUAAUGACGAAAACCUCUGAUGGAAUACAAAUUCACAUGUACUUUAUAUAUCAGCCCAAAGACAAACAAAAAAACGCACCUACCAUUAUAUUUUUUCAUGGCAAUGCUGGUAAUAUAGGCCAUCGAUUGCAAAAUUGUGUUGGUUUGUAUCACAACUUACACUGCAAUAUACUCUUAGUUGAAUAUAGGGGAUAUGGCCUAUCAGAAGGUGUCCCUUCUGAAGAUGGACUUUAUUUAGAUGCUAAAGCUAGCAUUGAUUAUUUGUUUACUAGGAGCGAUAUUAACCAUUCAGAAAUAAUUAUUUUUGGAAGGUCUUUAGGUGGUGCUGUAGCUAUAGAUUUAGCCACUAGAGAGGAAUAUAUGGGCAAAGUUAUGUGUCUAAUUGUAGAAAAUACCUUUACCAGUAUACCUGAUAUGGCAAAAGUUCUAUUAGGAUGGAGGAUAUUGCAGUAUUUUCCACUAUUUUUCUAUAAAAAUAAAUUCAUAUCAUAUCAAAAAGUUAAAUAUCUCCGCCUACCUUCAUUGUUCAUAUCAGGAAUGGACGAUUCUCUAGUACCCCCCAGAAUGAUGCAAGAGUUGCACAACCGUUGCGACAGUAUCAGGAAACAACUCCUCCAAAUACCUGCUGGUACUCACAAUGAGACUUGGCAACUGCAAGGUUACUACCGUUCUAUGGCUGUGUUUUUACAAAGUUGCAGAUUGGACAAUAGUGUUCAUGUUAGUUUUGAUAUUAAAAACGAAAAGACUACUAGUAAUAGCAUUUGGAGUGACGUACAGACUAUUUAG